AUGGCCAGCAGCAGCGUCUACUUCCCUGGCCCAACCGAAGCACGGUCCCACCACUCGAUGCUCAGGCGCUCGUUGGCACUGCGCCAUCAGCAACAUCAACACCCAUCGUACGAUGGGCAGCAGUACCCGCCAGGGUUGGGCUACCACCCCUACCCCUCGUACUACCCUCAUGAGCUGGACUACAGCACGAGCACAUCCGCCAGCGCUACGAGCCUUGGCAUUGACCUUGCGCCCGGGUAUGAUGAUGGCGCUUACGUUCGGCAUCGACACCACCACCAGCAUCAUCAUCAGCCUUGCCCGUGGCAUCAACUUCCCGUGCGCUCUUCUUGGCAGGACGAGCCCCAGCCUACCUGGGUUCACCACCCGACGCAUGACACUGCUGGUGAGGAUCUCCUGCCGUCGGCGCGAAUGCUCGAGUACAACGAGCGGCUGGCGCGCAUGGCCUAUGGGCUUUACCAGAGCAGCACCACCUCCACUACUCCCGCGAGGCGUGACUCCUUGGUCACAUCAUCCUCUGACAGUACCUCGGCAACGACGUCUUCCUCCUCUACACACAACUCUACUACGGCAACCUCGUCUUUCUCUUCACCGUCUCCUCCAUCUUCGCCCUCUUCGUCGCCGACCCUUUCGACCUCGCCAUCGACUUCUCCUACAUGCCACGUCAAGAAGCUGCCGCCCGCCCGCCGCUCGUGCAGCGCCACUAAGUCACCAACGUGGCGUCGGGGACCCAGUGGCCUCACGUUGUGCAAUGGGUGUGGGCUUCGUUACGGCCAAGCCAAGAAGACGUCGCGCAGCAUGGCCAUCGGCUCGAUACUCAACUGA